CAUAAAAUCUGCAGACAAUCCCAAUAGGACAGGUACUAUGGAGGAACCCAAGAGUUGAUUAUAAUUACUAGUCACAGGAGGAAAGAAGAGUACCACAGUGUUCAUGGUCCAUCAGAUGAUUCAGCUAUAUAAAAAUACUACAAUCCUGGGGCCACUUUUGAAGGAAAACUGGGAAGAGCACUCCUUAUAUUCAACAAUCCUGGAAGGGAAGAGGGUUCGGCAAAUGCUUGUAGAGGCUCCAAAGAGUGUGAUAGAGCGAUAUAUGAAGUGUCCUGGAAGUUUCAGAAUGGUGCGAGAAGGAGAAGAAGAGGCAUGGAUGGCAACUCAUAGAAUUGGUGAAACAGGCCUUUCUGAUUCUGGACCUUCAACUCGAUCUGUUUCUUAUGGAGUUCAUGGCACCAGUCUUGCCGCAUCUAAUUUCUUUGACCAAGAAGGAGCUGCUUAUUUUGGGGAGUUGGAGGAGGCUCUCAUGCAGGGAGUAGAUGGCAUAAGAGAAAUUGAAGAUAGAAAGUCUUUUUUUGGACCCAGGCCUGCAACACUUGAGAUCUUCCCAUCGUGGCCAAUGAGAUUCCAGCAAACCCCUAGAGGGAAGGCACAUUCCGCAAGGAGCACUGAUUCAGGCUCAGCUCAAAACACUCCAUCUCAUCCAGGAUCAGACUCUACAUCUAGCAGAAAGGAGACGCUGAUGAUGAUGAUGACAAGUGGUGCCUCCAUGACAGGAACAACGCCAACUCUUCAACCGACAUCCCAAGACAAGAGAAAGAUGACUGAUUCAACUAUAGAGAAACAUGGAAAGCAACUUGAUGCCAAGACACUAAGGCGCCUAGCUCAAAAUCGAGAGGCAGCAAGAAAGAGCCGACUAAAGAAAAAGGCUUACGUCCAACAACUGGAGUCCAGCAGACUUAGACUUAAGCAGCUAGAGCAAGAACUCCAGAGAGCAAGAUCACAGGGUCUCUUCUUAGGAGUAGCAGGCAGUUCAAAUGAAGCUAUCAGUCCCGGCGCGGCGAUGUUUGACAUGGAACAUGCUCGAUGGCUGGACGAGAACUGCAAGCUCAUGUCGGAGCUUCGAGGGGCGUUGCAGGCUCACCUUCCUGAAGCCAGUUUUACAGUAAUUGUAGAUCAAUGCAUCAUGAACUACGAUGAGCUCUUCCAACUGAAAGCUGAAGUCGCGAAAUCCGACGUUUUCCACCUCUUGAGUGGAUCAUGGACGACACCAGCAGAGCGCUCUUUCUUGUGGAUGGGUGGAUUUAGGCCCUCUGAGCUUCUCCAGAUACUGAUCCCUCAGUUGGAUCCGUCGACGGAGCAACAGUUGAUCUACAACCUGAAGCAAUCGUCACAGCAGGCGGAGGAGGCUCUCUCACAGGGCCUCGAGCAGCUUCACCAGUCUUUGGCGGACACUGUUGCCGGUGGUCCUCUCAGCGAUGGCGUAUACGUCGGGAAUUAUAUGGGCCACAUGGUCCUUGCACUAGAGAAGCUUGCCCACCUCGAAGGAUUCGUCCGCCAGGCUGAUAACUUGAGGCAAGAGACGUUGCACCAAUUGCGUCGGAUCUUAACGAGCAGACAAGCAGCAAGAUGCUUCGUCGCAAUCGGAGAGUACUAUACCCGUCUACGUGCUCUCAGCUCCCUGUGGGCUUCUCGGCCUCGGCAGAACUUGAUUGGAGAUGACAGUGUUGGCUCUUCGACAACAGACCUGCAAAUUGUUCAUCCAUCAAUGCAAGAUCAUUUUUCAGGCUUCUGAAAUAAGUACUCCUGAAACAUAUAGCAUGCAUGUUGUAUUAUGAUUGAAUUCUCAUGCAUACAGAGACUUCAGCAGAAAAAGCAAGAGCGAGGUGCUUCGAAGCCUCCUUUGGCAUUUCUUGUUAUAUAUGGC